CCUUUUGAUCGAAAUGAGCUGUCCCGCGUAUGCUGAGAUCCGCAAAACGCUCCAACGCUACCCCGACUCGAAACUCGGCUUCAUUGUGUAUCGAUGUACAUACGAGUCGGACUCAGAUUGGGAAAAGUUCAUGACGUAUCUUACGAUUUCAGUGCGCACCCAGCUGGAAGAAGAGGAGCUCAGUGACGUAGCAGACAGGCUGAGCUGGAACGUACAGCAGGAUCCAGCUUUGCUUAACGGAGGAAGCUUCGAGACUGUGCGCGAAAAGUUCCAGGAAUGGAUCGCAUCGGGGGUUGAAGCCAAACAUGCAACCUCUCGCCAUCACGCCUGCAUCAUGGUCACCAAGCAGAGUCUUGACGAUGUGCUAAAGGAUGGUCCACCACCAGAGAUGUAUGACAUCUACGGAAGCGCAUGGGUGUAUCUAGUCUCUGCGAAAGAUGGGGGAAACGACGAUGACUGCCAGUGCUAUACGCGGAUUGGGAUCUCGUAUCUACUCCCCAGGGCUUACUCAAUGCUGCACGGUCCGGGGUGGACUAGUAUAUACAAUCAGACGUGUCCGUAA